AUGAAAAAGAGAAAACAUGAUUAUGUAAGUGAUUCUGAUUAUGAAGUUCGGAGCAUUACAAGGAGCAGGAAGUUGGUUAACAGAAGUGAUAGAAAAGUUAGUAAAACAAUUGUCUCCGAACAUGAGUUUUCUAGUGAUUCUGAUUUUGAGGAUGGUUCCAGUAGUAGUGUGAAGAGGGUGGAUAAUAUAGCUGAUAAGAAAGUUAAAAAGAAAAUGGAGUUGCAUAGUGAUAAAAUAAAGUCAUUGUAUUCUCGUGUUUCUCUUCAUUCUAUAUAUGGUGUUGUGAAGUCUAUGAAUCAUAAGCAAAAUGAAUGUGUGAGGAAUUUGGGAUUUGGAUCAUUGAUAGACAUGAAGACUCAAAGUAUUCCAGCAAAAUUAUGUUAUUUUGUUGUUGAUUCGUUUGAUCCUUUAGAGAUGGUUAUUAAAACUGAGGUUUCUAAUAUUUUGGUUACAAGGGAAGAUGUUAAUAGGGUGUUAGGGCUGCCUAUGGGGAUUGAUCAAUUAAAUAGUGUUGAUUUAAGAGGUAAUGAGGUAUGGUAUGAAAUAUGGAAAGAUCAAUUCAAGAAGCCGUUGUCUUUAAUUACUCCAAAUGAUGUUGUGUACAAGAUAAUAGAACGAUGUGAAGCAGAUAUGGUGUUUGUUGCAAACUUUAUUAUUCUUGUAUGUACAUGUUUUGGAUCAUGUAACAAACAAGGUGCAUGCAAUUUGAAGCUUCUACCGUAUUUGUCUGAAUCAUAUAAGUUAGAUAAGUUUGAUUGGUGUACGUAUGUUUUAAAUUGUGUAAAAGAGGAAAAGUUGAUUUGGGGUAGAAGUGAUAUUAAGACCUUCUUCAAUGGUCCAAGUGUCUUUCUAACGUUGCUAUAUGUUGAUAGGAUUCAAUGUAGGCAAAUGUUAAUGGUUAGAAGAUAUCCAGUAAUUAAUAACUGGACUUUAGAGCAGUUGAAAGUGAGAGAAAUGAAUGAAAUUUCUAAUGGAGGUUUUGGAAGGCCAUCUGCUACAGUGGAAAGUGUUGAUGAAGUUUAUAGAGGAUCAAUUUUAGAGUUUCAUUCAGAAAUGAAGUGGUGUUUAGUAGAUAUGUCUAAGAAAGUGGAUAAAGCCUUUAAAACGCAUGGAAAUUUGAAAAUAGUAGAGUUUUAUGGAAUGAAGCUGAAAGAGUUAUGUUCUGCAUAUAAAGCUUUACGUCAUAGUAAUUAUAAAUGUGAAUAUCCUUUUCAGUCAUCUGGAAAAAGUAGUAGUUGUGAUGAUAAGUCUAAUGAAUUUCUAGAUGUUGGGCAGUCUAUUAACAACAGCGUUGCUGGUAAUAAAUAUGGAUCGGCAAAUUCGUUUGGCAAAUAUGGAAAUAUGGAAACUAAGCUGCAUGUGGAUUGCGAGGGUGGUCAUAAGGAAAAGUGUGUAGUAGAGGGUAUUCCUUCUUUCAAUUUAGGAAUUGAUGAUGAUAUGCAUACUCCUCCAAAAGUGAGUCCAGGUGUUGUUGUUAAUAAAUAUGGAUCGGCAAAUUUGAUUGGGAAAUAUGGAUUUAUUGAAAAUAAGUUGCCUCUGGAUUGCGAGGAUGGUCAUAAGGAAAAGUGUGUAGUUGAGAGUAUUCCUUCUUUUAAUUUAGGAAUUGAGGAUGAUAUAUAUACUCCUCCAAAAGUUAAUCCAGGUAUUGAUAGUUAUGUGGACAAUAAUUCUGUUUCUGUUGGAAUAAGUUCUGAUUCAGUCAAAGGGAAGGAACCAAAGUCUUGCGAUGAAAGUGGAAAAGUUAAAAUUCUUGAGAAAGAUAUGAUUUCAUCGAGACCAAAGAGAAGUCAAACGUUACCUCCAGUGCUUAGGUCUCCAUUUGUUGUACGAGCUGUUGAGAUUGAUAGUAAUUUGACGAAGGAGGAGAAUAUCAAGUCUAAUUGGCUAUUCAGUUUAUGUGGGAAUCCAACGGAUGAUCUUUUUCAUAGCAUAAAUGGUCAACAUGGUGAAAGAUACAUGUUUGAGAGCUUAUAUCCGGGAGAAUUUCUUUUUUCUGGGACUAUUGAUUGUUUUGUUGAAGUGUUGAACUAUGAUGAGAGAGCUAGGAAUUUGGACACUCCUUCAUGUUUCUUCUUCAAGACCGCAGUAUUGGAUCCUGCAUACAUGCAUAAUGAAGCAUGUAAAUAUGAUGAUGUGUACGAGAAUUUUAAAGAAAAUGUUUUUCAUUGUUUGGGAGAGUCUAAGGAACGAAGAAAUUUAAAAGGAAUUGAUUUGGUGUUCUUUGCAUGUGCAAACAGUCACUAUUUUGUGUUUGUUUUUUAUUUUAAAAACCACAAAGCUGUCAUAUUGGACAAGAUUUUGUAUAGAUCUUCUGAAAAACCAUACCCACAUCUAACUCAAAAUCUGAAAUAUAUGUUUGGUAGAUAUCUUCAAGACAUAAAACAUUUUAUGGCUUUUUCAGUUAUGUAUGAAAUGGAUUUUGUUGAUCAAUAUAUGACGUGGAAAACAAGAGCUCAUUAG